AUGGACCUCUUCGCCGUCGCCUGUGACAACUUCGGACUGGUCAUCAACCAGGAAAAGACGGUCGGCAUGCAUCAACCGCCAUCCGACGCUGCCUACGUCGCACCCCACAUCAAUGUGAACGGCACCCAACUCCAAGUCAUGGACAACCUCACCUACCUGGGUAGCACCCUCUCUCGCACCACCAAGAUCGACGAUGAAGUGGCCCACCGGAAUUUUAGAGUCAGUCAAGCCUUCGGCCGUCUGCAGAACACCGUAUGGAACAGUCACGGUCUGCAUCUGAACACCAAACUGAAGAUGCACAAAACGGUCAUUCUGCCGUCGUUGUUGUAUGGAGCGGAGACCUGGACGGUGUAUACGAAACAGACGUGGAGACUCGAUCAUUUCCACCUCAGCUGUCUUCGAGGGAUACUGAAGCUGAGAUGGCUAGACCGGAUCCCGGACGCGGAUGUUCUGGAGCGGACGAGAAUCUUCAACAUCCACGCCAUGCUGAGACAACUGCAACUGCGUUGGAGCGGUCACCUCAUGUGGAUGGAUGACGAGCGGCAACCCAAACGAUUCUUCUACGGAGACGUCUUCACGUGA